AUGGCUCUGAAUCUUACCCCAGCCCAGGAGGAGUUUCAACUCUUUCUGGAGAAGAACAAUCGCUCUGAGCUUGAUAAGUAUCACCCGGAGGACCGCGAGGAUAUCAUUCGGGAGCGUGAGGAGGAGAGUCAGGACGAGGAAGACGAGUACCGCCAGAAACAGAUCGAGGCCGCCAUGAGGAUGCCGACUCUGGAUCAUCGCAACGAGAUUAGGCUUCCGCCGCCUUCAUUUGACCAUGGGCGUACCACAGGUGUCAAGGGCGUCAUCGCUGAUGCCCGGGCCUACGAGGCGGCCCGCCACAGCAGAUGGAAAGAGAAGGUCCGCGCUGCGCGACGCAGUGUAUUUAGCCUCGACAGAGGAAGUAGCCGACGAGACCGGGUCACAAGUAGCGAUGAGGAUGAGGACAGCGACCCAGGUCAUACGCUCACUGCUGACGACUUGGAUGAGGACGAGUUUAUGCGGCAAUGGCGUGAGACCCGCAGACGCGAGCUCGAGCAGGAGAGCAGAAACCCCAUUCGCAAUAGGAGGACGAGCCCGAGUGUCAGAAUGUAUGGCCGUUUUGAUCACGUGGAUGCCUUGGGCUAUCUGGAUGCGAUAGAGAAGUGCGACGUUUCGGCGAUGAUUGAAGCUGCCUUAUCUCCAUUAGUCCGCGCCUACCCUGCUGUUCACUUCGUCAAGGUCCAUUAUUUGGACCUCGAGUUUGAGCCGGCAGGUGUACCGGCCAUUCUUGCAUAUCGCAACCAGGGCGAUCUCUUUGUCAACUUGACUGGCAUCCUGGAGCUGAUUCCUGACGAGGACGAGUUUGACACCGAUGCGCUCAAGAAGCUCUUCAUUGAGAAGGGGAUUUUGUGA